AUGAGGACCGCCGCAAUCCUCGCCACGGCCCUGACGGGUCUCGUCUCCGGCGCGCCCGCGGCGCCGGCCGCCAAGGCCGAGCCCUUCCUGGAGCAGGUCAACAACCAGACGUGGAUCAUCGGCAAUGACGUCUGGAACAUGACGCAGGGCCUCAAGUACGGCGUGAAGCUGUACUACAAGGACCGCGACCUCGUCGGCGACGCGGUCGGCCACUACGUGAGCUACAAUGGCGCGGCAAACGACAUCGCCUGGUCCUCCGCCUCCAUCGCCCACAAGGGCACGCAUGACGGCACCCCCUUCAUCGACGUCAAGUUCACCGCCACCGACGGCGACUUCCACUGGGUCAUCUUCCAAGGCCUGCCCGGCGCCUACCAGUACUUCGUCAACCGCGCCCUGCCCACCCUCGGCGAGUUCCGCACCCUCUGGCGCCUCGACAACGCCUCCUUCCCCAACGGCAAGACCGCCCUCCACGACAAGCCGCUGCCCGCUCUGGCCGACUACCUACCGCAGAACAAGGUCCAGGACGAGACCUGGCUGACCCCCGACGGCACCGGCUACAUCACGAAAUACGACUUCUCCGACCUCAUCCGCAACCAGACCGCCUACGGCGUCUACGGAUCUGAGUUCGGCAGCUGGUACAUCAACCCCGGCAAGGACUACUACAACGGCAACCACCUCAAGCAGGAACUCAUGGUCCACCGCGAGAGCGCCACCGGCGACGCCGUCCAGCUCAACAUGGUCCACGGCACGCACUUCCAGGUCUUCGCCGUCGACGUCUUCCCGGAGGGCAAGAUGUGGGGACCCUGGCUGUGGUACCUCAACGACGGCUCCCCCGCCGACGCCGAGGCCCGCGCCAAGACCGAGUUCGCCGCCUGGCCGUACCCCUGGCUCGCCGACGCGGCCUACCACGCCCGCGGCACCGUCAAAGGCAAGCUCCUCCUCUCCGACGGCCGCCCCGCCGCCGGCGCCGCCGUCUUCCUCGGCGACAACCACCCCAACAAGACCGCCCUCGACAUGGGCAGCGAUUACUACUACACGACCCACGCCGACGCCUCCGGCUCCUUCUCGAUCCCGCACGUGCGCGUCGCCGAAGCCGGCUACGCGCUGCAAGCCUGGUCCGCCGGGGGCGCCCUCGCGGACGUAACCACGCACAUCCUCUUCAACGACGUCUCCGUCACAGACUCGAAGACAACCGACCUCGGCACGCUGCACUGGGCCGUCUCCAAGCGCCAGCGCCUCUUCCAAGUCGGCGCCUUCGACCGCACAUCCCUCGGCUUCACGCACGGCGGCAACCCGCCCUACGCGCACGCCGUAAUCGCCUCCUGCCCGGCCAACAUCCUCUACGAAGUCGGCAAGUCCGCGCCGAGCGACUGGUGCUACGGGCAGACGCACCAGGGCAACUACACGAUCCGCUUCCCCGUCUCCGCGGCACAGGCGUCCGAGACGGCGAACCUGAUCGUCUCGCUGGGCGGCUACUCCACGGGGGCAAGCAGCGUGGUGCUCGUCAACGGGCAGCAGGUCGGCAACCUGACCAGCGGCGCGGUGGGCGCGGACUCGACCUCGGGCCUGCUGAACGACCCGUCCGUGUACCGCAGCGCGACGCUGGGCGGCGAGUGGCGCUUUUUCGAGUUCCCUGUGCCCGCGGCGCUGCUGAAGACGGGGGAGGAUAACGAGGUCACAUUCCAGCUGACAAGGAACACGACGUGGAGGGGUUUUAUCUGGGAUAGCAUCGUCCUGGAAUGGUGA